ACUACUUCCGGGGUUCAUGCAAGAAGAGCGCGCUCGUACACCUGAUCGGUUAAAAUGCCGAAGUUUUAUUGUGAUUACUGUGACACCUACCUAACACAUGACUCGCCAUCUGUUCGAAAGACCCACUGCAGUGGGCGUAAGCACAAGGAGAAUGUAAAAGACUACUACCAGAAAUGGAUGGAGGAGCAGGCACAAAGCCUUAUCGAUAAGACAACGGCUGCUUUUAAGCAGGGCAAGAUCCCAUCAUCUCCGUUCAGCAACGCUGCACCCUCCGGCGGAGCUCUAAUUCCACCGACAAACCUUAACACUCCACCACGCCCUGGGAUGCUACCUACUCCCCAUAUGAGUGGACCUCCUAUGAUGCCCAUGAUGGGCCCACCUCCGCAUGGUAUGAUGCCUGGAGGACCAGGUCCAGGUAUGCAUCCCCCAAUGGGUGGACCAAUGCCGAUGAUGCCUGGACCACACAUGAUGCGACUGCCUGCUCGACCCAUGAUGCUCUCUGGCAGACCUGGCAUGCCACACCCUGACAGAUGAAAUUCUUUCAGAUGAAUAUGGUAUCACUAGUCUCGUUUUUUAAUGUUUCAUUGUUCCUCUGCUGUACUGCGAUUUGAAUUUCCUCUUCUACUCAUUCUGUUGUUAUUAUUAUUAUUGUUGUUGUUGUUUCAGAAAAAAGCAGACCUAAGUAAUAAUUAUGGAUGUUCGUAUCCUUAUCUACAUUAUUAUACACUAUCAUUUAACAAGAUUUUGUGUUGACUGGCUUUGUCAGUACAUUGAUUUGCUCCAGAUUGUUCAGAAUUUCAGCAAAUGUGUUAUUUUGAUGGUGUGAGUUUUUAAUUGCUUCUUGUUAGUCCCGUAAUCUUGUUUUUUAAUGCAGUUUAUCAAAAUUUAGUUUUUGUUUUGACAGUUUUUAUAAAUAAAUUACAGAACUGAGUCAUGUGUGACCUGUUAUGCACUAUCCAUAACAUUUCUGUGUGUUUGUGUGUAUGCAUGCAUAUAGUAAACUAUAUGUUUUGUUAAUUUAAAUGUAGGAUUCCUAUAUGAAAGGAAAGGCAGCAAGGCUGUCAAUACCUGCAUUCCAUGUGCUCAUUCUGUGAAAACGCAUU